CUGGCUAGCAAGGCAACUGCUGACGGCGCUGUAUUUGAAAACUGGGGAAAGUCCGCAGUGAGAUUCGUGUUGACUAUCAAGCUCAGAAUGGUUUACUGAAAAUUAAAUAAAUCCGUGAUGCCGAAAAAAAAGCCUACUCCCGUUGAAGAUCUUUUGAUACCUCCUCAAGAUAAUCGAAUAUGUGGUACAAUAUGCCUUUGUCAAAUGACCCUUGUAUUAAGCAGUGUAGCAAUAGUGUAUCUUACAGUGGCUAUAUAUGUGCCAUCAACCCGAGCAUUUCAAUCAGGAAUAUCGGAACACCCAGUUAUGUGCACCACCGUUCGAGCUGUGACAGUGGAAACGUGCGAUUGGGGAUCCUGCGGCGAAUGGUGUCUUAGCAAAACAUCAGGUUCUUGCAUCCAGAUUUAUGUAAAUCUUAGAAGGAAUGGUUCAAAUUUACUGUUAGCUAACUGCACUAACAUUGCCCAAAAAUUUUGUUACGGAAAAGACCAGGAAGUAGCUAAGAAGAACCGAUGCAUCGCAGAUGAAUGCAAGAAUCUGACGGGAACUUUUAAUUGUACCACUGGGACAUGUAUAGAUAUAACGGACUCAUUUGAAUGUGUUUACAAAGAUACAGACCCACCCCUUAAGUGCUCCGGGCGAAGAGGUAAAAUAACUUGCAUAGAUCUACACGGUCUCUAUAAUUGCAAUAGGGGAACUUGCGAAAGAAUACGCUCGCCAUAUAAUUGCGAUAGGCAAUGUGGUGAUAUUCCAACUAGGAAUAAAAAUGUGAUUAUGAUGAGUGGAGAUGAAGUCUACUUAUCCCAAUGCCAUAGCUGUAUUGACCUUGAUUCUGGAAAGGAGGUAUGGAAUGAAUCCGAAGAAAAUAUUGUGAUGGCUUCGUGUCUUAGUGUCACAAAUACAAGUAGAGGUUUGGAGGCCACUGACUGUAUAAAUGGAAGUUUACUAGCUACCAAUGUGUUAUCUGAUAUGGCUAACUUUACUUAUCUUAGCUACUUAAGCAUAUUUAAUACAGUAAUUUUGGAUAAAGAACGGAAAGUGGCACCACCAGAGCCGGAUCUUUUAAUAGCCAAUGAUAGCAAGCUUUUAAUUAAUUUAGAAGGAUGUGUUAAUACCCUGCGAGAUGAAUGUAAGGAUUUUUUAAAAGUGUAUGGCAAAGAUGGUACUGACCAUAAUGCAAGAGCUAGGUUUCCUUGUUUUUAUUCUACUGACAAUACAGAAAUCGUGGUAGCUAGAUUUGACCUUGCUACAACGACCCAACAGUUUAUAAUAGCCUCUCUCUUACCAUCUACACUAUUUGUAGUAUCCUGUCUUACCUUAAUAUUUUGUCAGCGAACUGUAGUUGUUGGAGAUGAUGCAAAAAUGCGUUUUCAGGGAUGUACUAAGCCUGAAGCGGAAUCUGGCGUGGAAAAGUCAUUAUCUGCUAACAAUAUAAACGAUAGAGGAGGAGGAAAUUCUAUAAUGGCGCUUUGAGAUCAGCAACGCGUUCCCCUCUUGUUGGAUCGAGACUGAUGAAGUCGGUAGUUGGACCAAAUAGUUGCCUCCAUCUGGACGGGGAAGGCGUCAGUUUUGGAUUUUAAAGUCACAUUUUUCACAUUUCCUCAAAUUAAGAAUUGACCGACAUGACCAG